AUGGAGAGCCCAUUGCCUGAAGUGCCGUUGUUCAAAGUCUUCUCCUUCCUGGACGUAUUCGAUUUGCUACGGGCCGGCCAAGUGAACAAGUACUGGAAUAAGGUUGCAGACAGUGAUCGCCUGUGGAGAGACCUGUGUCUGAAGAAAUGGAGCUUCUACAACUUCUCCUGUGAGCACUUGGGCCCACAGACAUGGAAGCAGUUCUUGCUCAACCAAAUAAGGCAUGAGCGUAGGAUGGAAUUGGCACAGCCGGAGGACUUUAUCUACAAAAAAACAACUGGCAACUUAGGAAUCUUGGGACCUAUAGCUUAUCUCUCAGGAAGUGGCCCUUCUAUGAAUGGACGAGAGAAGUCAGUCAUUUGUACGGUGUCUUCGAAGCGCAUGCUUUAUGCCUGGGAUGCGUGGGAGGGCACUAUGAUCUGGUCAAGCCCAGUUCAGCCAUCUAGCAUCAAGCUUCUGGUGACCCUCCCUCAGGUGCAUCUUGCAUUCACUGUGGAUUUGGAAGGAACAGUCAAAGUGUGGAAUUGUCAGGAUGAGGACGCCCUGGCUGCUCUCACCAUGCCUCAGGCCUGUUUUUCCUUGGAAGCCUUUCUCACAAAGGAUGGCCCAUUCCUGAUGGUAGGCAAUUCUGAAGGUGACAUCUACACACUGACAGUGCCUGAGUUGAGGAGUGUUUCUAAAGUUAAUGCGUUUAACUACAGUGUUGAUUUUCUGCACUGCUCUCCUGACAAGAAAUGGAUCUUUGCCUCUGGGACACAUCAACAUAUCUUGCCAAAGGUACUUUUUGUGGAGUGCUUACUGAGACCGUCAGAAGGCGAAAGCCCUCUUUCUGUCUCUCUCCCGUUUUCAUCGUGCUGCAGAGCCUGCUGGGCCCCAAGGAGGGCCAACAGGAUAACGAUGAUGUUCCGAAGAGCGUCUUUCAAAAAGACGGGGUUUAGCACCUUUGAUCUAACACUUGAGAGGACUGGGGGCAGAACAGCCAUUCAAGCACAUCAGAUCGCAAGUUUCCUGUUGCCAGUUCAUAUGGAGAGUCCUAUUUGGAUGGGAGUCAGUGAUGGAAAUAUGAUUGUCUUUGAGAGUGGGCCAUACUUGUUUCUCUUCACCAUCAAUGGCCUCCAGCUGCAACAGUUUGAUGACCACGAGCUGACCAUCUGUAACUUAUGGGUGGAUUCUCUCCAUGUCCUCACGACAUCCAUGGAUAACUAUCUGCACAUGUACAUGUGGGAAGAGGAAGGUCGUUACCCAUACCUCAAGAGCUGUUUUCACCUGGAACACAUAAGGAAUGAUUACACACCAAGCUGCUUUUUCCCCAAAGCAAUAUGUGAUAACACGAGCGUAGUAUGUGUGGUGUCAAGAAGUCGUGAAACCAGCAUUCUGGUGAUGUAUUCUUUGAACGUGUAAUAUGGAAACCAAUGCAAUUAACCUUGAUCAUCUUGCUCAAUGUAGUAAAGAGAAUUCUAUUUGCAAACCCAGAAUGAUUA